CAUUCUGAAGAACGUUAUAACGAAACGUAGUUUGACACUUAGAGCUCGAAGAAUUACAAAAACCGGAAACCGCGCUUUUCUCUAAGUGUAUUUUGUAACUUGUUUUUGGCUUAAAGUAAAUUUACAAUGCAGGCUUUUUUGAAAACAGGCAAAAUAUCAGCGGUCGAUAAACCAUCCUCAUCAGGUUUCAAACCUUCAAAUAAGAAAAAACCUCCUGCGCCAUGGGUUGAGAAAUAUCGACCGAAAACAAUUGAUGACAUAGUAGAUCAAGGAGAAGUGGUGCAAGUGCUGCGCGAAUGUCUAGCGGGAGGAGAUUUGCCACACUUACUUUUCUAUGGCCCGCCCGGUACAGGUAAAACUAGUGCCAUACUCGCAGCUGCCAGGCAACUAUUUGGCGAUAUUACCAGAGAACGCGUAUUGGAAUUGAAUGCGUCUGAUGAGAGAGGUAUUCAAGUGAUCAGGGACAAAGUUAAAACAUUUGCACAGCUAACUGUUAGCAGCACUAGGCCAGAUGGCCGUCCAUGCCCACCAUACAAGUUGGUGAUUCUUGAUGAAGCAGAUUCUAUGACAACAGCAGCACAGGCAGCCUUACGUCGUACUAUGGAAAGAGAAACACGCACCACACGCUUCUGCCUUAUUUGCAAUUAUGUGUCGAGAAUUAUUCCACCAAUAACUAGCAGGUGUUCUAAGUUUCGUUUCAAGCCACUUGCUAGAGAAAAUGUUAUCAAAAGGUUGCGCGAGAUUUGUGAGGCAGAAGGUGUGGAUGUAGGUGAAGGUGACGUGUUGCAUCAAGCUGUGGACACAUGUGAAGGAGACUUGCGUCGAGCCCUCACUGCCCUGCAGUGCUGCCAGCGACUCCUCGGCAAGAUUACUGCUGAUGGGCUAAUUGAGGUCACUGGAUUGGUACCAAAAGAACUAGUUGAUGAAUAUUUGAAUGUGAAGAACUAUAGUGAAUUAGAGAAAUUUGUGGAAAAUUUCCUAAUGGAAGCCUACUCUGCUGCACAAUUGUUGGAGCAACUCAGCAUGACGGUGGUUUCAGCUGGACACUUAACCAAUAAGCAGAAAUGUGCUAUCAGCGAGAAAGUAGCCAUUUGCUCCCACAGGCUGCUUGAUGGCGGGGCAGAGGUUAUGCAGCUCACAGACCUAGGCUGCACCAUCAUUAUGGCUAAUAAUAACCCUUGAUUUUUAUGUUAUUUUAAUAUUGUAUGUGAUAUGUUUAUUAUUCUAAAAUAUAAUGGUAAGAUUGGUUA